AUGCCGAAUACAAGCGAACUAGAGAUUAUAGGAAUAUUAACAAUAAAUGGCAAUAAAGGACAUAAUGAUCAACUACUCAUUGAUAAAUCGUCAACACCUUCAAAUAAUUCUAUUUCACCUUCGCCAGCUAGACAAAUAAAUGAAAAUUCUAAAAAUACUGAAACAGUAGGUGAAAAUCAAAAUCCCGAUCCGGCCGAUCCCGUAAUAGUAAAUAAAAUAUCCAGACCAAUUAGAUCUAGAAAACCGCCUCAGCGAUAUUCUCCAAGUGAUUAUGCUUAG